GGUUUUAGAUACACAUGGCAACCCGGGUUUUCAGUACCGCUUGUAUUAUGAGAAGGCGGGGACUGAGCACAGUAGUUUCUGGAACCUCAUGGUUGCACCAUGGAGAAAGUAUCUCAGCUGAAAGACCAAGGUAAUAAGGCGCUGAGCGCAGGGAAGAUUGAUGAAGCGGUGCACUGUUACACCGAGGCUCUGGCAUUAGACCCAAACAACCAUGUCCUCUUCAGCAACCGGUCUGCUGCUUACGCCAAGAAGGCCGACUAUGAGAACGCCCUGAAGGAUGCGUGCCAGACCAUUAAGAUCAAGCCUGACUGGGGCAAGGGUUACUCACGAAAGGCUGCUGCGUUGGAGUUUUUAGGGAAGUUUGAGGAUGCCAAAUCAACCUAUCAGGAGGGUCUCCGGCAAGAGCCGUCCAACCAGCAGCUAAAAGACGGGCUUCAAAACAUCGAGGCACGACUAGCAGAGAAGAAGAUGAUGAACCCCUUUGCAAUUCCCAACUUGUACGAGAAGUUAGAAGGGGACCCCCGAACCCGAGCACUUCUCUCUGACCCCAGCUACAAAGAGCUGCUUGAACAGCUCCGUCAGAAACCUUCUGAACUCGGGACGAGGUUGCAGGACCCCCGUGUGAUGACAACCCUUUCGGUGCUGCUCGGAUUCGACCUGGCUGGCAUGGAUGAAGAUGACGAGCCCACUCCGCCCCCUCCACCUAAACCCAAAGAGACAGCACCACCCCCUCCCAAAGAGGAAGAUCUCCCAGAGAACAAAAGAUUGGCAUUGAAGGAGAAGGAACUUGGCAAUGCAGCGUAUAAAAAGAAGGAUUUUGAGACCGCUCUCAAACACUAUGAUGAGGCAUGCAAGCAUGACCCCACCAAUAUGACCUAUCUGUCCAAUCAGGCUGCGGUGUAUUUUGAAAAGGGAGAGUUUGAAAAGUGUAGAGAGCUGUGCGAGAAAGCCAUCGAGGUGGGACGAGAAAAUCGCGAGGACUACAGACAAGUCGCCAAGGCCUAUGCCAGGAUUGGGAAUUCCUACUUCAAACAGGACCGGUAUAAGGAGUCCAUUCAGUUCUUCAACAAAAGUCUGACAGAGCAUCGUACCCCUGAGGUGCUGAAGAAAUGUCAGCAGGCAGAAAAGAUAGUGAAGGAGCAGGAGAAACUGGCUUACAUCAACCCAGAUCUAGCACUGGAGGAGAAGAACAGGGGAAAUGAGGCUUUCCAGAAAGGUGACUACCCUCUGGCCAUGAAGCAUUACACUGAGGCCAUAAAGAGAAACCCUAAGGAUGCCAAGCUUUUCAGCAACAGAGCAGCCUGUUACACCAAACUAUUGGAGUUUCAACUGGCCCUCAAGGAUUGUGAGGACUGCAUCAAUCUGGAACCCUCCUUCAUUAAAGGAUACACACGCAAGGCAGCAGCACUGGAGGCAAUGAAGGACUACACAAAAGCCAUGGACGCCUAUCAAAAAGCUUUGGAACUGGACCCGAACUCCAAGGAGGCCACAGAGGGCAUACAGCGCUGCCUGGUGAGUCAGACCAUGAGAAACGAUAGCCCGGAGGACGUGAAACGGCGGGCCAUGGCUGAUCCAGAGGUGCAGCAGAUCAUGAGUGACCCUGCCAUGCGCAUGAUCCUAGAGCAGAUGCAGAAAGACCCCCAGGCGCUCAGCGACCACCUGAAGAAUCCAGUUAUCGCUCAGAAGAUUCAGAAGCUCAUAGACAUCGGGCUCAUAGCCAUUCGGUGAUCGUCAAGAGAGCAGAGGAGAACCAGGACUACCACCAUCCAGAUCAACACCACUUUAAGACCUUAGAGGAAAGAAGACUCCACCCCUAUAUAAGAAAAAAAAGUUCAUCAAAUUGUACAAUCGCCCUCCUUAUGGCAAAAGUAUAAAUAUACUUAUUUGAGUAUAAAGCCGUAGUUUUCCAUUAAAAACGUUACGUGAAACAUAACACCCAAUGCUACAUUUGCUUCGAAGCACUUCCGUAUCACAGAUGUUUAUUUCUCAUUCAGCAGCUUAUCGUUCGAAAUCUCAUCUGCCUCAGAAUGGAAUCUUUCAAUAAAAAACAUUCUGCGAAAGUAAAAAGUAAAACUUUUGAAUAUCGACCAAA